CCACAGAAUGUCCAACGAAGUCUCGCGGCAAAUCUCCCUCUUUAGCACCCAAAUGCAAAAUCGAAUAUUCGGCGACGGAACCAUUGCAAUUCUGGAAUCGCUUCUAGCUUCCAAGGACAUCAAAUCGUCACUAGAAAUCCGAUCAGCUUUGAAAGAGUUUAUGAGACACGAAUCGCUCAGCAUUAUUCGAGAAAUCACUGAGAAGUCCGUCGACAAUAAGCUACUGAUCGCUGAUUUUCUCAUUCGUGCUUUUGCUCUCAUUGGUGACGUGGAGAGUUGCUUGGCCCUGAGAUAUGAGGCAUUGCUACUGCGAGAUGAAAAGGCAUCUAGUGACACAAGGCUAGAGGUUUCAUACCACGAGUGGCUCACAUUAGCCGAGCAAUUGUUUGAUAAUGGUUUUUAUUCCGCUGCAACAAAGACAUGUGAGAGAGCACUUUUAUGCAUUCAGAUGGACAACGGGAUUUGCACUGAAGAUGAUGACUGCUUUAAUUGUGAGCAUGCUUCUGAGAAUAUUAAGAGACUCAAGGAUGCUGCUAUCAUAUUAGCUGCUUCACAAACUGGUACAAACCGAGUUCAGGUUCAGGCAACUGAAUACAUGAAAAAGAAAAUUAAUCAGCAGCUGAAACAACAAGAGUCCAUUUGCACUGAGACGUAUUCUUCAGGAAGCACUCUGUUCAGAAAUGGAAUUAAAAGACGGAAUUUACGAAAAUUGCAGGAACACCAAUGUCUAUAGCAGACAGCCAGAGAGGUGAGUUUGAUGAUAGUGAAGCCCAAACAUGCUUUUAACAAGGUAGUAUAUCAAUAUGCAUGCGUCCUGAGGUUGGGAACUCUUGGAAGAAUUGAUUUGUCACUCAGGCAAUACCUUUUCUUCAUGCUUUCAUGAAAUGGUGGACCUAAAUUAUAGUCCUACUGCAAGUUCAAGAGAACAUUUUCAGAGGGGGAUUCAAGGUAUUCUUAUACAGGAAUAUACAUGAAAAUUUUUUACUUCUUGUAGGGGUAAUUGAGGAUAACAACCUUGGUCCACUUCUCUUGAAGUUUCUUGUUGCUACAAAUGAUGUACGUCACAAAUGGAUUCUGAUAUAUGGUUGUUUGCGUAGACUCCCCGACGUAUUGAUAUUUCGGGAGACAUGUCAGUGUAACCCUGCAACAGCCAUUGGGGAUGGCACUGAAUUACUGUAAACACAGCUUAAUGAACCUAGGAGGC